GGAGAGGAGGAGGAGAAGGCCGCGGCGGAGGCAGCGGAGAGGAGGGAGGAAGCGGCGGCGCGGCGGGCACUGCAGCUGAGGCGGCGGCCCGGUUCCUGGGAGUGUCGGUGCGGCGUGGUGGUUGGGGCGGAUCCCGCGGGGGCCCGGGCGGGGGAAGGAGUCACCGGCCCGGCCAUGGCGGACAACGAGAAACUGGACAACCAACGGCUCAAGAAUUUCAAGAACAAAGGCCGCGACUUGGAGACUAUGAGAAGACAACGAAAUGAAGUUGUAGUUGAAUUGAGGAAGAAUAAAAGAGAUGAGCAUCUCUUAAAGAGAAGGAAUGUACCGCAUGAAGAUAUUUGUGAAGAUUCUGAUAUAGAUGGUGAUUAUAGAGUGCAAAAUACCUCUCUAGAAGCUAUUGUUCAAAAUGCUUCAAGUGAUAACCAAGGAAUUCAGUUAAGUGCAGUUCAAGCUGCUAGGAAGCUUUUGUCCAGUGAUCGAAAUCCACCAAUUGAUGACUUAAUAAAAUCUGGAAUAUUGCCUAUUUUAGUUCAUUGUCUUGAAAGAGAUGACAAUCCUUCUUUACAGUUUGAAGCUGCAUGGGCUCUGACAAACAUUGCAUCUGGAACCUCUGAACAGACUCAAGCAGUAGUUCAGUCCAAUGCUGUGCCACUUUUCCUGAGGCUUUUACAUUCACCCCAUCAAAAUGUCUGUGAGCAAGCAGUAUGGGCACUGGGAAAUAUCAUAGGUGAUGGGCCACAGUGUAGAGAUUAUGUCAUAAGUCUUGGAGUUGUGAAACCUUUACUUUCCUUCAUAAGUCCGUCUAUUCCUAUAACAUUCUUAAGAAAUGUUACUUGGGUUAUGGUCAACUUAUGUCGCCACAAAGAUCCACCACCCCCAAUGGAAACCAUUCAGGAGAUUCUUCCAGCUCUUUGUGUCUUAAUUCAUCACACAGACGUAAAUAUAUUGGUAGAUACAGUCUGGGCCCUCUCUUACCUUACUGAUGCUGGCAAUGAACAGAUACAGAUGGUAAUAGACUCUGGAAUAGUCCCUCACUUGGUUCCUCUGCUCAGCCACCAGGAAGUUAAAGUUCAGACUGCUGCACUUCGAGCUGUGGGCAACAUUGUUACUGGAACUGAUGAGCAAACACAAGUAGUUUUGAACUGUGAUGCUCUUUCACACUUCCCAGCACUUCUGACACAUCCCAAAGAGAAAAUUAAUAAAGAAGCAGUGUGGUUCCUCUCUAACAUCACCGCAGGAAAUCAGCAGCAGGUUCAAGCAGUAAUUGAUGCCAAUCUUGUACCAAUGAUAAUACAUCUUUUGGAUAAGGGGGAUUUUGGCACCCAGAAAGAAGCUGCUUGGGCCAUAAGUAACUUAACAAUUAGUGGGAGGAAAGAUCAAGUGGCCUAUCUAAUCCAGCAAAAUGUUAUUCCACCUUUUUGCAACUUGCUGACUGUAAAAGAUGCACAGGUUGUGCAAGUAGUACUUGAUGGACUAAGUAAUAUAUUAAAAAUGGCUGAAGAUGAGGCGGAAACCAUAGCCAAUCUUAUAGAAGAAUGUGGAGGACUGGAAAAAAUUGAACAACUUCAGAAUCAUGAAAAUGAAGACAUCUACAAAUUGGCCUAUGAGAUCAUUGAUCAGUUCUUCUCUUCAGAUGAUAUUGAUGAAGAUCCUAGCCUUGUUCCAGAGGCAAUACAAGGUGGAACAUUUGGUUUCAAUUCAUCUGCCAACGUACCAACAGAAGGGUUCCAGUUUUAGAAAGAUGUUGUGGAAGUUAGUUUCCACAGGCCAGGAGCCCAGGUACAGCUUAGCUAGAUCCAGUGCUCAAGACCUCACAAGGCUGCAGUCAAGGUUUCAGCCAGAGCCACAACCUCAGAAGCUCGGGGUCCUCUUCCAUGCUCAUAUGCAGAAUCCGUUUCUUGGCAGCUGUAGAACUCAAGGCAGCUUGCUGCUUCAAGGCCUGCAGGAGAAUCUGAUUUCGGAGAAGGCCCUAAACCCUUUUUUUUUGAGGGUUCACCUGAUUAAGUCAGGCUCACCCAGGAUAAUACCCUCUUGAUGAUCUCAAAGCCAAACUGCUUAGUACUUUAAUUACACCUGCAAAAUCCCUUCCUCUUUGUCCUAUACUGUAACCUGUAAUAUCUAUCAUAUUCACAGAUCCUGCCCACACUUGAGGGAAGGGGAUUAUAAAGGGCACAUGUAUCAGGGAUUCUUGGGAUCCAUCUUAAGAGUUCUGUCUAGCAGAAAGGAGUACCAAUCUUUAGACCCUAGAGCAAUUUAGAAGUGAUCCCCUAAUAUAUUGCAUGUUUGCUUUUGGACUAUUAGAAUUUAAUGAAAGCUCUGGACCAUCUUCCUCCCAAAAUGCAUGAACAUAACCGCUUUAGAGAAUCAUAGGAAUCCAUGAAUUUCAGAAUGUAAAUAGUCCAUUUUAACCCUCCCCUUUAAAUGAUUUCCCAAGAGGCGACUUGUCCAGGGUCACACAGCUACUAAGGGUAGACCCAGAUCUCAAUUCCCAUACCACUGGAAGCUACGCUUCAACUAUUGUUCUAGAACAGUCCAUUUAAAUUCAUGAAUCAAUGUAUAAAGUGUUGAUACAGCUUUUUCUAACUAUAUUUUGAGGAAUGGCUAACACUUUGUAGAAGUUUGCCUGAGUUUUCUAGUUUUCUUUUUGAGUUUUCAAAGUCGAAUUAAGAUGGUAAGCUAUAAACAGGCCAGUUUAGCUUCAAUCAGAGUCAGUUACCAGUUGUUGAUUUCUGAGGCUUGAUGAAUUAUUUACCUCAAGUAUAAAGUUCAGUUAGAAUUCUAAGUAUAAAGGUUCCAUUGUGGACUAUUUUGAAGUUCAGGGUAUCUAAAUGUUUGCACCUUUUUACUUCUUGAUUGUUUUAUGCCUUAGCAAAACUCAUUAAAUGUCAGCCAGUAAUUUACUAUGACUAGGAAAGGAAAAUUUACCCAGACGUUUUUUGUUCCAGUAGUCCCAAACUAGCAAAUCCAUGUGUAACAAACUUGAUGUUUUGGACAUUUGAAGGAGAAAAUUACUUACUCUGUAAUAAAUCAGCACCUUGGUUUGCCUGGCUGGCUUAGUUGGUGGAGCAUACGACUCUUGAUCUUGGGGUCAUGAGUUCAAGUCCCACAUCAGGCAUGGCUUAGAAAUAAAUAAAUGACUUGUACUUUAAAAAAAUAAAAAGUAAAAAAAAAGAUAAGUUUAUCUACAAACCUUUAAAAAAUAAGCACACUAAUAAAGUAUUUUUUAAAAAUAGAAGUACGGAAAUAAAAGAUCCCUUUAAACAAAAUCAGGAUGCACAUUGACAGCCUUACAAUAACCCAAGUUCCUAAAUUAAAGGAAGAUUUUUUAAAUAAAGAUUUGUCAAGUGUGUAUCCCAGUGUGAUCAGAAGCAACUGGACUGUGGUGUCAAAUUGCAUAUUCAACUAGCACAGCAACAACAUACAAGAAAGAAAGAUACAGUAUUUUUUCCCUGACUUGACCUAGCAAUUCCAUUAAUUUUUAGUAUUCCCGUUAAAUUCAGGCCCCUAAAGUGACAAAUUUGGUUCAGAAUGUCCAUGUUAAGUUGUACUGUUUAUAAAAAUGACAGCUGCUAAAUUGUGAAUAAGGGCAGCUGAAAGUGAAGAAAAUUCCUGCCUUAUGGGUUCUUUCCAUUCUGCCACUUUUCAUAUUCUUGCCUCAGUGUCUGCCUCCUCGCCACAGAUUUUGUAUUUUGCAGCUCUAAAUACACUGCUUACUCCUGGUUACUUAGCUUUUCCAGACCAUCAGUUCUUCCAGUCCUAUUCAUGAAGGAAUUUUUUAGUCUUUUCCACUUUAAUUUUGCUUUUGUUACUCUGCAAAGGCGUAAGUCCUAUUUUCCCUGUCCAUGUUGUACUCGUGUUUUGUAUGGCUGGUGGAGUCCUUGUUACUCUAACUGAGAUUUCCUUCCUCAUCUAUUUUUUUACUCCAACAGUUUAAAAUGCCUAAUAACCAAAAGUAUAUUUAAUGAUCUACUGAAACCUAUAUCCUUGUUAUGCUCUCAAUCUCCAGUUAUCUGCCUUCCUGAUGAUUCAUUCAACGUCUGUCUUCUCCAUUCCUGUUUUUUGAGCCUUGUGAGCCACCUCUACCCCAUCCUUUAUACACAGUUACCUUUUCAGUCUUUACACAUGAUCAUCAAUGAUAAAUAUUCAAGUCUUGGAUUCUGCUUAGGGUAUUUUCUUGCCGAAAAAAAAAAAAAAAAACCCUCCCCAUUUUGGCUCAUAAUUGUGGGGUUGGGAAGGAAUCAACAUAGGCCUAUUUUCUCCUGCCAUAUUACUUUACUUGUUUUUUUACAAGUUGUCCCCUUGUUCAACUCAUUAACAUAAAGCUUAGCUUUUAUGGGUAUUUUCUACCUCCAACCAGUUACCUUUAUACUUGGCACUGUACUCCCUCCAUAAACAGUUAACAUUCUGCCUCAAAUCUAUUAGCUCCCAUUGCAGCCUUCAGGGUGUCCCACUUUUAUAACUGGUGCAUUGAAACUUUUUUCUUUUUCCUCCUUUGAGCCCAUUUAGAGUGGUUAUAGGAUAGCUGUUUAAAGUACUUAAGUUUAGUGACCUCGUUCCAAUCGGAGUUAACGAGUGCUCAGAGGUGCUAGAGAACUGAAAAGUCUGUUUUCCUGUUCUGUCCCCAUGUUCCUCUUUUUGCAGUUCUGCCCAACUGCAAAGAGGCAGUAGAUAGAUAGCAUCUGGUUUGUGUCGUGGUUCUCGAUUCCACUGUUUGUACCUUGAAUUUUCCAGAUCUCUGUCUAUUCAGGAAGCCAAAUUUGUCCAGUACUGUCUACUACCCUUGCCAUCCCCAUAAACUUAUUUUGUAAUUGUCUUAUACUUAUGGUAAUUUUCAGUCUGUGGAGUCUAUCAGUUAUUGCUCUUGUCCUAUCUGCAUUUCUCCAUCUUUCCACUAGAUUGUAAGCUUAAGGGUGAGUUCUGCAUAUAAACCAAGCUCUGUAAACCCCA